AUGACCAUGAUAGAUCUUAACCCGGACUUGUCCUUCACAGCUAAAAGUGUGGCCCUUUUGCUUUUCAUCGCACUGGGUCUCCUUUAUACCACCAUCCAGGUCGUCUACCGUCUCUAUCUAAGCCCGCUAUCGAGAUUUCCUGGCCCGCGCCUUGCCGCCGCAACAGGCUGGUACGAGGCGUACUUUGAGCUCGUCCACAAGGGUGGCGGACAGUUCCUGUUUGAGAUUCGACGGAUGCACGAGCACCUCACAGGCCCCAUCGUCCGCAUCAAUCCUUUCGAACUGCACAUCGCCGACCCGGCCUACUACAGCACCCUCUACACCUCCACACUAAAUCUUGACAAAGCAAGUCACAUCCAGCACCGCUUCAACGCGCCAACCGCCGCCUUCUCAACGCCCGAACAUGCGCUCCACAGACGCCGCCGCGCCGCAAUAUCCCCGUUCUUCGCGAAGCGCCGCAUCGACGAGCAGGCGCCCAUGAUCCAGUCACACGUGAACGUGAUAUGCCAUCGUCUAAGUGAGGAGUACGCAGGCACGGGCAAAGUGCUCUGCGUCAACGAGCUAUACGGCAGCUACGUGACGGGUGUGAUAAUGACGUACGCGUUCAACCGGUGCCCGCGGUUCCUGGAAGAAGAGGACUUCGUGUCCGCGUUUGGGAAGAGCAUCCAGGGGCUCAAGGAGUUUGUGCACUGGGCGCAGCAGUUCCCUUGCCUGCCGCGGAUCCUGCAGAACGUGCCGCCGGUGCUCAUGGGCGCGCUGUUCCCAGCUAUGCAGGCGAGUCUGGUGUUUCAGGAGGAAAUGCGCAUGCAAGCACACGCCGUCCUUUCAGGCCACGGCCAAAAGGGCACCAUCUUUCACGACCUGCUCGCCUCAGACCUCCCCCGCUCCGAACUCACCCUCCCGCGACUAAAAGACGAGGCCAUGAGCAUCGUUGGCGCAGGUAUUGAAACGACCAAGAUGGCCAGCGUCGUUACGACAUUCCACAUCCUGCAGAACCCGCGCAUCCUCCAAAAACUGCAGGACGAGCUCGACAGCGCGAUCCCCGACCCCACCGCUCCGCCGUCUCUGAGCGUGCUGGAAAACUUGCCUUUUCUCGCCGCUUGUAUCAAGGAGGGGAUUCGGCUGGGCUACGGCGCAACGGGGCGGUCUCCCCGGAUCUCCCGUACGGAAUCGCUACGCUAUGGCGCCUGGAGCAUCCCCGUGGGCGUCAUGGUCAGCAUGGAUAGCUACCACAUGCACCAUGACGAGAGUGUGUUUCCGGAUAGUUACGCGUUUGUACCGGAGCGGUGGCUGGACGGGGCAAGGGGGCCAGAUGGGACGGGGAGCCUAAAUAAGUAUCUGGCCUCGUUUAGUCGCGGCACGCGCAUGUGCGUGGGCAUUAACCUGGCGUACGCGGAAAUCACAAUUGUGCUGGCGAGGCUGUUUCGCGGGUUCGUGAUGGAGCUGUAUCAGACUACUAGGAAAGAUGUGGACUGUUAUCGGGAUUUGGUGGGGAUGGAGGUUGUGAGGGGGAGUCGGGGGGUUAGGGUUAAGGUUGUGGGGAGGAGAGAGUGA